AUGAGGGACGGUCAUACAGAUGAUACUCUAUCUGUUGUCAGCCGGGUGGUGACUGCGGAAGCUCAACAGCAGAGACUGGGGAUUCCCGAGCCUGCACCCCCUGAUCUGAGCCAGGCCAAACAGUACACAAUCACCUGUCUGAUCUUGAUAUGUAAUUUUAUACAGUUUCUGUCUAUGUUUUCUACCGUGGCAGGAGGAUUCGCAUUCAACGCCAAACUUGGUCAUGAAGCCAAACCAGGACAAGCAAACUGGAUGGCUGCGGCAUACUCACUUCCUCAAAGUGCCUUCGUCCUCAUUACCGGUCGUCUUGGAGCAAUCUACGGUCACCAAAGAUUACUACUACUUGGCUCUUUUACCAUUACAAUCUUCUCUCUGUGCAACGCUUUCUGCAACACCUACGUUUCAUUCGUGGCGGCUCGCGCUCUCACUGGAAUAGGAGGUGGCAUUAUCAUGCCCAAUGCCGUUGCUACCCUCACCAUUAUGGUCCCUCCUGGAAAGGCUCGCAAUAUCACAUUGGCCAUCUUUACAGCUACACCGCCAGUGGGUGCACUGGUCGGCGCAUUGCUGGUUGGGGCCUUUCUUCAAUACGCGGAGUGGAAAUGGCAUUUUAUUCUCAUCGCGUGCCUCGGAGUCCCAGUGUUGGCGGGCUUGUUCUUCGUUCUGCCUCACGAAGAACCAGUGGAUAAAGGUGGCAAGGCUGACCUAAUUGGGGCUUUUCUCGGCCUUAGUGGGCUCUUAUUGUUCAACAUAGCCUGGAAUCAAGCUCCUUCCGGUGGAUGGCAGACCCCAUAUAUCAUAGUGAUCCUGAUCCUAUCAAGCAGAUUUGCAGAUGAGCCCAUCAUGCCUCUGGCCGUUUUCAUAGCACCCAGCUUCAACGCCCUCAUUUUCGUCGUUCUUUUUAUCUACAUGUCCGUUGGGAUUUCGCUUUGGUACAUGGUCGCCUGGCAACAGCUCAUUCGAGGUUGGACUGUCUUGCAUGUUGCAAUCGGCUGGAUCCCUUACGGAAUUGGCGCUUCGAUAGCUGUUACGCUUGCUGCAUGGUUAAUUACUGUUCUGGAGGCACAGUAUAUCCUGAGCCUUGGAUGCCUCACGUCGAUCGUCGCAUGUGUCCUGUUAGCGACCAUGCCAGAACAGCAGAUCUACUGGGCGCAGGUCUUCCCUGCGACCGUCAUUGGCAGUCUCUGUCCCGAUUUCGUCUAUGUCGCUGCACAAAUUAUUGCCAGUAACAGUGUUGGAAAGCGAGAGCAAGGUAUUGCGAGCAGUCUGAUAGGGACCCUUAACCUCUAUGGGAAUAGCUUGGGGUUGGGGUUUGAUGGCACUAUCGAGGUCCAGAUUGCGAAUAGUACGAAUAGUGAGGCCACGGGAAUCCGCGCUGGGCUGUGGUUUGGGGCUGCCUUGGGGAUAACGGCUCCACUUAUUGACCUGGAAUUUGUGAGGAUGAACAAGAAUGAUAGAUGCAAUAGUAAUGAGCAAUGCCAUUGCCAUUAG